AUGGGCUGCUGCCAGUCGCGGCUGGAGCGGCUGGAGGCGGUGUCGCGGUGCAAGGCGCGCCGGCGGUACACCAGGCACCUGGUGCAGGCGCGGCGGGACAUGGCUGCGGCGCACGCGCUCUACCUGCGCGCGCUCCGGGCCACCGGCGCCUCGUUGCUGCACUUCGCCAGCGCCGAGUCCGACCACCCGCGCCCCCAUUCCUCCGUGGCCCACCACCACCACGGGACGCUGCCGUCCCCGACGCCGCCCGCGACGCCGCCGCCGCCUCCCCCGCCGCCACCGCCGCCGCUCAGCCCCUCCCCGACCACCAGGUCCUGGACGACAAAUUCCUCCUCGAUCUCCGCGUCUGCGAUCUUGCCCCCUCCGCCGCCGCCGCCAAUGCCGUCCAGCUGGGACUUCUGGGACCCCUUCGCGCCCUCCUCCUCCCGCUCCGCCACCGAGGGCGCCGACUGGGACGACGCCGCCACCACCGUCGUCGACGCGCCCAUCGCCGCCGCGCCGCCCGUCGUCACGGCCGCGGCGGCGGUGGCCGCGCCCCCUUCCAUCGUCACCGCUACCACCACCUCCACCACUCCCAGCGAGCUCACCGUCGUCGCGGUACCACGCGGAGGCGCCGGGAAGAAGGACCUCGCGGAGAUCGCCACCGAGCUUGAUGAGUACUUCCUCAAGGCAGCCGACGCCGGCGCCCGCGUUGCUGCGCUACUCGAGGCCCCCGUCUGCGAGCCCCCCGAGCCCACCACCAACAGCAGCCUACCAGGCAUGCCCUUUUCUUCAACAAAUCAGUUAAACUGGAAGGUACUGAGUUACAGCAAGAGCUUGAAGCCCAUGGGAUGGACCUGGGGCGGAGGAGGAGGGUAUGGGAAAGGUAACAAUGGGUUCACAAGGUUUGGGAGAGGAGACGGCAAUGGCGGAGGCGGUGGAAUGCUCAGUCAUUCAUCCACCGUGGAGAAGCUCUACGCAUGGGAGAAGAAGCUGUUUCUUGAGGUCAAGAGUUAUGAGGGGUAUAAGCAGGAGCAUGAUAAGAAGGUCAGUCUGUUGAGGAAGCAAGAGGUGAAGGGUGUGGAUUACUUGAAGAUGGAGAAGAACAAGAUGGAGAUUGAGAGCCUAGAGUCCAAGAUGCUGGUUGCCAACCAGUCCAUCGAGACCACCACUUCUGAGAUAAUCAAGCUCAGAGAAUCCGAGCUAUUUCCCCAGCUUCUUGAGCUGGUUGCUGGCUUGAUGAGCAUGUGGAGGGGUAUGUACGAGUGUCAUCAAGUUCAGACCCACAUCGUGCAGCAGCUGGAGUACCUCAACAAUGCUCGGAAUACUAACCCAACUUCCAAUGUCCACCGGCAAGCAGCUCUUCAGCUUGAGAUAGAGGUUGACAGGUGGUAUUCAGCCUUCUGUAGUCUGGUGAAAUCCCAGAGGGACUAUGUCUACUCACUGACCGGCUGGCUUCGCUUAUCACUGUUCUGCCAUCAUGACCCACUGACUAAAGCUCAGAACUCAGAUAUUUAUAGCUUGUGUGAGGAAUGGCAGCUAGCCAUCGACCGAAUCCCAGAUAAGGUGGCCUCGGAAGGGAUCAAGACUCUCCUAACAGUGAUCCAUGCUGUUGUCAUUCAACAAGCUGAGGAACAGAAGCAGAAGAAGAGGUCAGAGUCUGUAUUCAAAGAAUUUGAGAAGAAGGCAGAGGAGCUGAGAUCCCUAGAGUCAAAAUAUGGGUCAUAUAUUGGUGCUGAAGAUUACAGAGAAAUGUCACGAAAAUCACCAGUAUCUGACAAGCGGGCAAAGGUUGAGGCUCUGAGGAGCCACGCUGAUGAGGAGAAGAGCAAGUAUGAGAAGAGCAUUGGGGUCACAAGAGCAAUGACCUUGAAUAACCUGCAGACUGGCUUCCCUAACGUUUUCCAGGCGAUGACAGGCUUCGCCAGUGUCUGCAUGGAGGCAUUUGAGUCGGUGUACAACUUCAAGCGAAGCUCAGACCGGAUCCUCGACGUGAAGAGGCUGUUGACCUGA